UAGUUGGUCACUCAUAAUACGGUGACUAGAUGUUUUCCUCCCAAGAUACCUCUUUACAUGGUAUCAGAGCAAGAGUCCUAGGGUUUAGGUUAAACAUCUAGCAAAGACUGUUCAUCGCGGCACUGUUCAUCGCGGCACUGUUCACGGGGCACUGUUCACGCGUACUGUUCACGCGUCUCGAGUUUUGACCCUUUCUUGGGUUUGAAGUGCUAUUCGCUAUGGCUGAAAGUUUAUCAAAAAGUAUUGUGACGUCCACUAAUAUUAUGCCAAUGGUGAUGCCUCAAAUCACAAAUUGGAAGUUGAAUGAUACCAAUUAUCAACAGUGGUCAAAAGCUGUUAAGAUUUAUCUGACAGGCUUAGGAAAGCAACGUUAUCUCACAGAUGACUCUCCUACGGAGGAUAGCAAGAAACUAAUGUGGAUUCAAGAGGAUGCCCAAAUUCUUGGAGCAAUAUGGAAUUCUAUGGAGCCACGAAUUGCUUACAUGUGUUCUCAUUGUGAGACAACAAAAGAAGUUUGGGAUUAUGUCCGGUUAUUAUAUUGCAGUAAUCUCUCACGGAUGUUUGAUAUUUCUUUGGAGUAUUUUCAGUUGCAACAAGAUAACAAGACAGUAACUGAAUACUUUGCUGAUCUUAAGCGAGUCUCAGAGGAAUUAAAUGCUGUAAUGCCUCUCUCAAGUGAUAUCAAGGUUAUGCAGAGGCAAAGAGAACAAAUGCUUGUGCUCAAAUUCCUGGCUGGUCUCAAGCCGGAAUUUGAACCAAUCAAAUCUCAAAUUUUAGCAGGUGAACAAUUACCAUCCUUUGCAGAGGCGUAUGCUCGGGUCUUACGUUCUGCAUCUAAGGACAAUGCACAGGGUGAUGGUGCUUUAAUUAAUGACAAAUCUGCUUUAAUUGCUAACAAUAAUCGGACAGAGCAACUUAAUUUUGGACGUGGCUCUCGUGGAGGAAGAAGUAGAGGUCGUGGGGGUCGUGGAGGUCGAGGCACCCGUGAGUGCAAUCAUUGUGGUUUAAAGAAUCACACUCGUGAUACUUGUUGGGAUUUAAAUGGAAAACCACCUCGGUUUGUUAAUACGGUUACCACUGAUCAAACUGAAUCAAGUUCUUUAGCACAAGGGUCUCAGAAGACUGUUACCAUAUCUGAGGAAGAUUAUAUCAAAUUUCUGCAGUACCAAACUGCAAAUCACGCAUCUCUUCCCUCUACUUCUGUAGCACAAAAAGGUAAUGCUAUGGCUUGUCUCUCCACAUCAUCUAAUUUUGACUCAUGGAUCAUUGAUUCCGGAACUACUGAUCAUAUGUCAGGAUUUGAAGACAAAGAGGACGAUUGGUGGAGGACAUGAGCAUAAUGGUCUUUACUUUCUCAACUCUAAUGGUCCGAUUGCGUGCCCUGCUACUGUUUCUCCUCUUGAAAUUCACUGUCGUUUGGGUCAUCCGUCUCUACAAAAUUUGAAGAAGUUGGUCCCUACCUUGAGUCAGUUGUCUUCAUUAGAAUGUGAGUCUUGUCAAUUAGGAAAGCAUCAUCGUGUUUCUUUUGUCCCUAGGGUCAAUAAACGGGUUUCGGAACCCUUUUUGUUAGUUCAUUCUGAUGUUUGGGGUCCUAGUCGAGUAACUUCAAAGUUAGGUUUUAAAUAUUUUGUAAUCUUUGUUGAUGAUUUUUCCAGAGUUACAUGGCUUUAUUUAAUGAAAGAUCGUUCAGAAUUAUAUUCCAUUUUUUGUGCAUUUGUUACAGAAAUAAAGACUCAAUUUGGUGUGCCUGUACGUAUACUUCGCAGUGAUAAUGCGAAAGAAUAUUUUUCCACUCCUUUUGAUACCUUUAUGACUAAGUCCGGUAUUCUUCAUCAGUCCUCUUGUCCUCACACUCCACAACAGAAUGGAGUUGCUGAAAGAAAAAUUGGACAUUUAAUCGAAGUUGCUCGGACACUUUUGUUGCACAUGAAUGUACCCAAACAAUUUUGGAGUGAUGCAGUUUUAACUGCAUGUUAUUUAAUUAAUCGCAUGCCAUCCGAUAUUCUUGGAGGCCAACUACCUCACUCCAUUCUUUUUCCUCAGGACCCUAUAUUUAAAUUACCUCCUCGUAUUUUUGGUUGUGUGUGUUUUGUUCAUCAGCUUGCUCCCGGGGUGGAUAAAUUAGAUUCUCGUGCCAUUAAGUGUAUUUUCUUAGGAUACGCACGAGCGCAAAAGGGGUAUAGAUGUUACAGUCCAGUUUUAAAUCGUUUUUUCACUUGUGCUGAUGUUACUUUCUUUGAAUCCACUCCUUAUUUUAUGAAGCAAGGUAUGUCUUGUGAGUUAGACCAGUGUUCCUCUUUUUCUCCUCCUGUUUUACCAGUCCCUUCAUCUUUAUUACCUGAGUUAUCGGGUUCACCAGAUUCCACCACUCGAUUAUCUCAUCCUAAUCUUCAAGUUUAUUCUCGUCGUUCCAUGGUUGAGAAAGCUCCUGAUAUGCUACGCACUUCACCAAUUAACUCUCAAUCUUCAGAUCCAGGUAUGACGCCCUCUUGUGAGUCAGAUCUUCCUAUUGCUUUACGUAAAGGUAAGAGACAUUGUACUUCUCAUCCUAUUUCUAAUUUUGUCUCUUAUUCUCGUCUCUCUCUGUCAUAUUCUUCUUUUGUUGCAUCUCUUGAUUCGGUAUCCAUUCCUAAGUCUAUUACCCAUGCUCUCAAUGAUCCUGGUUGGAGGUUAGCUAUGCAGGAAGAGAUGCUUGCUUUGGAGAAAAAUGGUACUUGGGAUCUUGUCCCUCGUCCUUCAGAUUGAAGGCUCGUCUGGUAGCUCGAGGAUUUACUCAGGUGUAUGGAG